CUUCAGUAGUUCAGUGUAUAUUCGAUUCAAUUUUCUUCAAUCCUUGUAUAUUUUCUGUUGUCAUCAACACAUUUCAAGUGAAAUUAUUGAUUGAUCUCGCAAGAAUUAAUCAAAAAAUGUCUGUGCAAGAGUAUCUAGACAAGCACAUGCUCUCCAGAAAAAUCGAAGACGCUGUUAAUGCAUCCGUCAGAGCCAAAACUCCCGAUCCCGUUCUAUUCAUCUCGAAUCACAUGAGAAAAGCGGUUCCGUCAGUGAUAACGAAGAUAAACGCGAGACAGAUACUGGAUAGCAGAGGAAUUCCGACUGUUGAAGUUGAUUUGUUUACUAAUAAAGGCAUGUUUCGUGCUUCUGCUCCUAGCGGCGAUAUUACCGGCAUGUAUGAGGCUAUUGAACUUCGUGAUGGGGAUAAAGGAACAUAUCUUGGUAAUAGUGUGACAAGAGCUGUUAAGAAUGUUAAUGAGAAAAUAUCUGAAGCAUUGAUUGGUAUGGAUCCAACACUUCAGUCACAAAUUGAUCAGGCCAUGAUUGACUUGGACAAAACUGAGAAGAAGGGUGAACUUGGAGCAAAUGCUAUAUUAGCUGUGUCGAUUGCUGCAUGCAAAGCUGGGGCUGCUGAAAAGGAGGUUCCACUUUACAAACACAUUGCUGAUCUCUCUGGAAAAACUAACAUGACUCUUCCUGUCCCUGCCUUCACCAUUAUAAGUGGUGGUAAACAUGCAGGGAAUCAUCUUGCUUUUCAGGAAAUUAUGAUUCUUCCAAUUGGUGCCAGUAGAUUUUCUGAGGCACUGCAGAUGGGUUCUGAAACCUAUCAUCAUCUGAAGGCUGUUAUUACAGAAAAAUACGGUGAGCAGGGUUGUAAUGUUGGUGAAGAUGGUGGUUUUGCUCCUAAUAUUUCAAGUAUUCAUGAAGGCUUGGAUCUAGUUAAAGAGGCCAUCAGCAGAACAGAGUAUAAUGACAAAAUAAAAAUAGCGAUUGACGUUGCCGCUACUGCUUUUUGUAUAGGUACCAAGUAUGAUUUGGACUUCAAAUCUCCAAAUAAGUCGGGGCAAAAUUUCAAGUCAGGAGAGGAUAUGAUUGAUAUGUACAAAACUCUAUGUACAGAGUACCCAAUAGUCUCAAUCGAAGAUCCAUUUGACAAGGAGGACUGGGAACACAUCAAAUAUUUUUCAAGCCUUGGACUAUGCCAGGUAGUAGGAGAUCGAUUGUUGAUGUCAAAUCCAAAACGCAUUGAGAGAGCAAUAGUUGAGUCCACUUGUAAUGCUCUUCUUCUCAAGAUAAACCAGAUUGGGACAGUAACAGAGGCUUUAGAAGUUGUGAAGCUAGCAAAAGACGCUCACUGGGGAGUAGUGGCAUCUCACAGGAGUGGGGAAACAGAUGAUUCUUUCAUAGCUGAUUUAUCUGUCGGCCUGGCCACUGGUCAGAUCAAAGCAGGUGCUCCUUGCAGGGGAGAGCGACUAGCAAAAUACAACCAGUUGCUUCGAAUCGAGGAAGAACUUGGUGAUCAAGCAAUAUACACCGGAGAAGAUUGGAGACUCACCUGAGAUAGGCUUAAGGUUUUUUCCUGACAAUUCUUUCGUACUGCUUGAGGCAUCACAAGUAAAUAUUCAGUUACACUGAGUAAAUCGAUAUUCCGAUUCAACAUUUUGAGGCUACCUUUUUGGCUUUGAGUGAAUGCAUGUGGCUCUUUUCAGAAAAACAUGGCGAAGAAUUUGUAGUUAAAUGUGCAAGAUCCGUUGAGAGGUAAUUUUUGUCCAGUUUUAAAUUGAUGGCAUAAAUUUCAUCAUGGAUUGAUGUUCAUAUUGGAUUGAACUUUCUCCAGUUUCUCGUAGAUUUGUUGUAUGGUAGUGCAAAAACCUGAAUAUUUUGGUAAAUUGAUCCAGUGUUGGUUGUA